AUGCUAAAGAAGAGAUACACUUGAGUUCUGCAUCUGCAUUGUCUAACUUGGCAGAUUCUAUCCAUGAAUUGGAGAAGGUGAAGAUGGAAAUGAAAAUGAUGGAAUCUGCAUUGCAAGGUUCUGCAAGACAAGCUCAGGCAAAAGCUGAUGAAAUCGCUAAGCUGAUAAAUGAGAACGAGCACCUUAAAGCUGUAAUGAGGAUUUGAAGAGAAAAUCCAAUGAAGCAGAAAUGGAGUCUUUGCGAGAGGAAUACCAUCAAAGGGUUUCAACACUUGAAAGGAAGGUUUAUGCAUUGACUAAAGAAAGGGAUACUCUUCGAAGAGAGCAGAAUAAAAAAAGUGAUGCUGCUGCUCUUUUAAAGGAAAAAGAUGAAAUAGUUAAUCAAGUCAUGGCGGAAGGUGAAGAGCUUUCAAAGAAGCAGGCUGCUCAAGAAGCUCAGAUCAGGAAAUUAAGAGCUCAUAUUAGAGAGCUCGAAAAGGAGAAGAAAGGCCUGACGACAAAGCUUUAG